CAAAUAGAAAACGGAGGAGGAAAACGUGUCCCAGACACUACGUACUAUAAAACCUUGGAAUUUUUUGUCUCCACGUAACAAGCGGGGAUAGCUCAGUUGGGAGAGCGUCAGACUGAAGAUCUGAAGUUGAUCUCUCAGGCGGAGCCUUAGCUUAAACCCUAGGCAGCCGACUCGGAGAGCCCAAGUAUGGCGGUGGAGCAGAGCAGUUCUUAUCGUCUGCAAAGCAGCCAAUACCUUGGAGAAAUCUCCGCCCUCUGUCUUCUCCACCUACCUUCUCAUAUCUCUUCUCUUCCUUACCUCCUCGCCGGUUCUGGUUCCCAGCUGGUGGUCUAUGAUUUGGAAUCAAGGAAGAUGGUAAGGUCGUUUUGCGUGUUCCAAGGAAUUCGCGUCCAUGGGGUUCUUUGUUCUCUCAUUGAUUGUGAUGCCGUAAACUCCGAGCUUGCUUUCAAAGUAGUCGUGUUUGGGGAAAGGAGAGUUAAGCUAUUUUGCUUACGCAUUGGCAUGAAUGAAUCCCGAGUAAGCGUGGAUCUCACGCUUUUGAAGUUGUUGCCUAAGUUUGGGAAUUGGGUUUUGGAUGUUUCCUUCUUGAAGGGAGACGGCAUUUCUUCACAUGAGGGGAGGGGUAGCUACUAUCUUGCUGUAGGAUGUAGUGACAACUCUGUCCACGUAUGGGACAUCUCAAAGUGCUGCGUGAUUCUUGAAGUUCAGUCUCCCGAGAGGAGUCUUCUUUAUUCAAUGCGUCUAUGGGGUGAUCAUCUUGAAUCUCUUCAAAUUGCAUCUGGCACUAUUUUCAAUGAGAUCAUUAUUUGGAAAGUGGUACCUCACAUUGAUGCUUCUCCUUUUAAAUGUCAAGUGGAAGACAACGUUGGUCAUAGCAGUUCAUUCUCAAAUUCUCUACAAUAUCAUCAUCAGCAGUAUGAAGCUGUUCACAUUUGUAAACUUGUUGGACAUGAAGGUUCAAUCUUUCGCAUAUCGUGGUCUUCCAAUGGAUCCAAUGUGGUUUCUGUCUCUGAUGAUCGUAGCGUUCGUGUCUGGGAAGUUUGUGCUGACAUAGAAGACUCUAAUAAACCAGGGGAAUCUGUUGGGCUUGUGCUUUUUGGUCACAAUGCAAGAGUUUGGGACUGCUGUAUUUUUGAUUCUUUUAUUGUCACGGCUGGUGAGGAUUGUACAUGUCGUGUGUGGGGAACGGAUGGUAAACAGCUUCAGGUGCUCAAGGAACACAUAGGAAGGGGAAUAUGGCGAUGUUUGUGUGAUCCUGAAUUUUUGCUGCUUAUUACUGCUGGGUUCGACUCUGCUAUCAAAGUGCAUCAGCUGCAUGCUUCACUUUUCCUCGGCUUGGAGGGGCAUUCUGAUGUUAACAACAUUGACGGAACAAACUUGUAUAUUGUUCAUAUUCCUAAUUCAUCAGAGCAUGUUUGCCUUAUGGAUAGCAAAAGUGAAUAUGUCCGUUGCUUGCACUUUGCAUGUGAAGACGUUCUUUAUGUGGCCACAAACAACGGUUAUCUUUAUCAUGCUAAAUUAUCUGAAAUUGGUGAUGUAUAUUGGACUGAAAUUGCCCGGGUUGGUGAAGUGGUGCCAAUUAUUUGUAUGGAUUUAUUGUCCAAACCGUUUAAACAAUGCUGCGGCGUUGAGGAUUGGGUUGCGCUUGGAGAUGGCAAAGGAAAUGUGACAAUUAUCCAAGUUGUGAGUGAUGUAUGUGCACCUAAAGUGGGUGUUGCAUUGACUUGGUCAGCUGGACCAGAGAGACAGCUUUUAGGAACCCAUUGGUCCAAGUCACUAGGUUGGGGGUAUGUCUUCACUGCUGACCCAAGAGGCACAUUGAAGUUGUGGAGGUUGUGUGAUCAAUUACAGUCUGUUUCUCAUAAUUGUGCGGGUAGUCUUGAUGCCUUCCUUGUAGCAGAAUUCAUGUCAUCUUUUGGGAUACGAAUAAUGUGUUUGGAUGCAUCUUUUGAGAAUGAGGUGCUGUUGUGUGGAGAUAUUCGUGGUAAUCUCGUUCUAUUUCCUUUGUUAAAGACUGUAUUGCUGAGGACAUCUGCGGCCCCAGAUGUGAAAAUAUCUGCCUUAACUUAUUUCAAAGGUGCUCAUGGGAUAUCAAGUGUCACCAGUGUCACAGUUGCUGGGCCAAGUCCCAAUCAGAUUGAAAUAUGUUCGACUGGGGCAGAUGGGUGUAUAUGCUAUUUCGAAUAUGAUAGAGAUGGACAGAUUUUGGAAUUUAUUGGGAUGAAACAAGUGAAAGAGUUGAGUCUUGUUCGAUCUGUCUGUGCCGAGAAUAAUUCUGUUAAUGAGUUGUCCAUCUGCCAUUAUGCUUCUGGUUUUUCAUCAGUUGAUUUUAUGAUUUGGAACUUAAAAACUGAAAUGAAGGUUGUGAGAAUUCCUUGUGGUGGAUGGCGUCGUCCUCAUUCUUAUUAUCUUGGAGAUGUGCCAGAAUUAAAGAAUUGCUUUGCAUAUGUCAAGGAUGAAACCAUCUACAUUCAUAGACACUGGGUACCAGAUGUGGACCGGAAGAUGUUUCCCCAGAACUUGCAUAUGCAAUUCCAUGGGAAAGAGAUGCACACCUUAUGCUUUAUUCCAGAAGAUUUGCAACCUAGAGCGAAUGGAAAGCACAACCUCUACUCUAGAUUUAGUUGGAUUGCAACGGGAUGUGAAAAUGGCACUGUAAGGUUGACUAGGUAUACCUCAGGUAUUGAAAACUGGUUGGAAUCGAAGUUGCUUGGCGAGCAUGUUGGUGGAUCAGCCGUGAGAUCAAUAUGCUGUGUGUCAAAGAUACAUCUAAUUUCAGUGGAUGUUACCAAUUUACCAAAUGCAUCAACUGAGAAGGAAGAUAAUUUAGUCCUAUUGAUUUCAGUGGGUGCUAAGCGAGUUUUAACUUCUUGGCUACUAAGGAAUAGGAAGCUAGACAAUAAUGGAGAAGAACUUAGUCAGCAACAUAGAGUAUCUGGAAAUGGCAUUUCAUCAGAUAUGUCAUCUUCAAUGUCAUUCCAGUGGCUUUCCACGGAUAUGCCACCAAAGUAUUCUGGCACUAAUAAACUUACCAAAAAUGUUGGGGAAAUAAUUUGCGGUUUAGCUCAAAAUGUAUCGACUAUCAAUUCUACUGGGUUUGGAUCAGAGUCUCCUGAAAAAGGGAAUACACAGCUAAAAUCUUUCAUUGGAGACAAAUGUGAAGAUGAUUGGAGAUACCUGGCUGUCACCUCUUUCCUUGUUAAGUGUGCAGGUUCCAGGUUAACAAUCUGUUUUGUUGUUGUAGCUUGUUCAAAUGCUACGCUAGUAUUACGGGCUUUGGUCUUGCCCCACAGAUUAUGGUUUGAUGUGGCUUUUCUGGUUCCUCUAUCAUCCCCAGUAUUGGCGUUGCAGCAUGUUAUUAUCCCCACAUCUCUAUCUUCUGUAGAGGAGAUUCAGGUUGGAAGUCUUUUCAUUGCCAUUAGUGGAGCUACUGAUGGAAGUAUUGCCUUUUGGGACCUGACUAGAAGUGUUGAGGGUUUUAUGCGACAGAUAUCAGUUCUUCAAGUAGAGAAGUUGAUUGACUGUCAGAAACGGCCACGCACAGGAAGGGGAAGUCAGGGUGGACGGCAGUGGAGAUCCCUAGGUAGCAUGUCAAAAAAAAGAGCGGGCUGUGGAUCAAUCUCAGUAAAUAUUGGGGAGGGUACUAAUCAUAAUUUGGUAAAUCAUGUCACGGGUAAAGGCUCAACAAAUUGUGACAGUAGCACUACAGUUUCUUCACAGGCUAUUAAUACUGCCUUCCUGAAUGUAGAAUUGAAUGCAGAUGAUUCAUCAUCUGAGAUAAGUGAAAUAAGGCCUUUGCAUGUUUUGAAGAACAUUCACCAAUCUGGUGUCAAUUGUCUACAUGUUUCAUAUGUUGAGGGUUGCCAAAGUUCUGAUGGCAGAUUUCUUUACAAUGUACUUAGUGGGGGUGAUGAUCAAGCCCUUCACUGUCUUAGAUUUGAAUUGUCACCAUCAUUAACAACGCAGGAAUGUGAUUUAGUAAUGCUGAAUGGCAGAACUUCUGUUAUUGGUGCUGGAAGUGUCAAUGACUUUGUUCAUUCUAGCCAAAACCAUAACGUGAACUAUAAAAUUAAAGUCUUAAGUCAUUACAAUGUUCCCUCAGCUCAUAGCUCUGCUGUAAAAGGUGUUUGGACCGAUGGCUCUUGGGUGUUUUCAGCUGGUCUGGAUCAGCGACUUAGGUGCUGGUGUGUUGGGGAACAAGGUGAGCUAACUGAGUUUGACAAUGUAAUCGUUAGUGUGCCAGAGCCAGAAGCGUUGGAUGCCAGAGUCUGCAGCAGGGGUCACUAUCAGAUUGCAGUUGCUGGAAGAGGGAUGCAAAUGGUCGAGUUCUCCACAUGAUGCUUUCCUCCUGAUAAGGAAAAUGGUACCGUCGAUUGAACUCGUUUGGACAGUUGCUUUCCGGAUUGGGCUGGGCCAGGCCGGGCUAGGCUCUUUGAUGAUUGGGUCUUCCGGUUAGGCGUACUUUUUUUUUUUGGGCCAGGUGAUUCGUGAACAGGCUCUUAGCGUGUAUUGUAAAAGGGUACCAAGUUGGUUUUGGGUAUCAUGGGGAGGCAGUGCAUGUGCAGCAUUGAAUGGGUUGACGAAGAUAUGUUAUCCUUGUUGCAAUGGAUAUUCUAAAAUAUCUCAUUUAUUAAUCAAAAUUUUAAAAGUUAAAAAGGUAA